AUGGAAGCUUCAAAGAAAGCCCCCAGGGAGCAGCCCAGGUCCGAUCCUCCAAAGCCUUCCGACGACUCGGGCUACCCGCACGACGCUGCAGAGGGAGGCCAGUCCUGGGCGCCUGGGCCCUUGGGUGCCAUGCACAGCCACACCUCCAAAGCGGAGCGUGACAAAGAGCGUCGGGAGAAGCAGGAGGCCCGGGCGCAGCAGCAGAACCGGAGGCAGGCCAUGGAGGACGUGAAGAGGCUUGCCAACAUGAAAGCCCGCGUUCUGCUUGCGAGGAAGAUGCGUCAGCUCCUCGCCAAAGCGCUUGGCCUUGGCGAGGCUUUCGCAGAAGCCUCGCGCAGAGGCGAGCUCGAAGAGCUGACAGAUCUGGAAGCCACGGCGCUCGCGACUCUGCAGAGCUGGGGAUUCGCCUCGGACGCCGCCAUGAACGCGCUGGCCGUGGCCCGAGAGGAGACCGGCUGUUCUGUUCGUCCACGAAUGGCAGACAAAGUCGACCUAAUGCCACAUACCGAUGCUGGGACUAUUCUGCAAGUGCACUUGCUGGUGGCAAAGAGCGAUGGCACGUGGAGGAAAUGGAUGCUUCUGGAGACGAGGUGA